AUGGGUAUUCCAAUCUUAGGACGUUUAUCCAUUAGAGAAUGGGUUAUAAUUUUCAUUUCCGUGGCUUUUGCUUCGAUUGGGCUUUUAAAAUCUUUAUUAACAACUAUUGUUCCGUUACCAAUAACAUUCUUUAUUGGUCAAGUUAAUAAUAAGAUAGUUCAUUUGGUUAGUUCUUUUUUUUCCUUAAUAUCAGUAAUUAAAUUGCUCGAGGUGAUUGAAGUAAUUAAAUAUCAUAUGAAUUAUAAUAUCAAAUUUCAAUCUAAUCCCGAAGAGUAUUCCUUAAUGAAUGACCUAGUAAAGUGUCAGAUAUGUAUUGUAAGUAAAAAAAGUUUUAUACGUAGUACUAUAUAG